AUGGUAGCUAACGGAUUCCCUUCAUCGUUCUUUCCUGGCCCGCGACCAACAAAGGACUAUUUUGAGCCACAAAUGGAGGCCAACCAGGUCCCCUCCGCUGCCGAGCAGUCUUCCUCCUACCGACUGCAUCUUAGAAAUGGAACUGGAGGGCAAAUGGUACCAGCCGUACCUACCCUUGUACUUGAAAAUCUAUCCUCUUUCCUGCAAAAUUGUCGUGAGACCCCAGUAACCAACCAACAGCAGCAAUCUCUGCAACCACCCAAUCAUUCCCUCUAUCCUCGUCCCCCGUCGUCAAAACCGCAAAUCGAGUGGGUGUAUUCACAGCACAAUUUCUCUGGUCGCUCCCCUGAGUUACUACGAAUGAAAGCUAGGGACUUAAUUCAACAGGGGAAGUGUGACAGUAACGUUGCUUACUGUGUGGAUCAACCCUCGAUGCUAGUUCGUAUUGAAUGCCUCAAACCAGGUUGUAAGUGUGUUCUUAAGCAAGAGCCAGCCUUGGCACUGAAAAUAGUCUGUGGAGUCAGUUUGGUGAAGGGUUGUUGGUCCACUCUCCAGUCCAAUCUUCAUUCUCACCAACGUUCUACGAAAUGGGGCUCAAUUUCAUCAGCCUUCGAGCGUCUUCAGCCCAACAGUCCUUCAACGACAUCCCAGUCUUUCCAGUGUCAAAAUCCUUCAGAGCAGCUGCCUACAUCUAACAAUCAGUCCGGUGAACCAAUUCCCCUAAUCUUUACGUCCUGUUCUCCCUUCUGGUUCGAAAUUCUACGACAGCAAAACGAGAAUUUCCUAAUGCCAAGCAUCCCAACCUGGAACUCUGGAAAAACAUUGUGGAAGGCUCGGCCACCGAUGUUUCUCCUUCGAAAACAAACUAAGUGUGUCCUCUCUGUGUCGUCUUCCUCUUCUUCCGGGUUUCGAGGUCCCGUGACUCUUGACCUCGAUAAUGUGGUUAAUCUACACCCAGGCACCGUCCUGAGAUUGCUUGACUGCAAGCCCUGCCGAUUGGUUUCGAAAAAUAACCCUCAAUGCCCCCCCAGCGCUUCUCUUCUCCAGUGUGAAGUUGUUGGUAGUAAGUCGCUGAUGAAGUAUGCCGCGUUAGCGAAUAACCUACCGCCCGAUGAUGCGCUCUAUUGGUUUGCUAGUGGCUCUCGCCUAGUCUAUCUCCCCUUGGAUGACAAGAGUGUUUCAUUUUCCCCCAUCGCUCAACCACCGCCGAAUUCUCGAGAGAAUAAGCACCCAGGAUGGGCCCAUUCAGGCGCUCAUUCGGUGCUCUCUCUCCUGUCGCACUUCCCUCUUCCUAUCACUGUUCGACCUGUUAUGGAACACAGUUUGGCUAACUGGUUGACUUCCUCUUCCCCAGGUAUACGUGACGGCAGCUCAGGCCUUCAACUAACCUCUUGUCACCACGGCGAUCUUGUCUUCCUCGAGCCGAUCGCAGAUUGUGGUCCCGCAGCCGUGGCCAAUAGCAACACAAGUGCGGCUGGUGGAAGUUCCCGUUUCUUUGUUGUCACCGCGGAAAUGCUUUCCCAACACCGGUUCAUUCUUGCCACUCCACAGUCCUCCCAGUUUUACGCAAGAGAGCUGAAGACGCACGCUUCGCGCGUAGCCCAUUUUCUGGCGGCUUUUCACCCAGCGUGCGGGCUGAACUACCUCCUUAAGUACCUGGAAGACGUCACUCAUUGUUCUUCGUUCGGACCCCCUCACCGUCCCUUGACCGAGACCCUUGGGCCAUUAGGUGGUGAGGGCACAGUGGCCUCUCACACGGCAGUUGGAAGUAUCGCGGCCUCAAUGGCGCUUCACCUCGACAACGGCGAUGGGAGUCGGUCGCCUGAUUUACACGCAUUGUACGAUGACCUCGACGACAUAUACCAGUACGUGAGAACAGGUCGUUUCCCGGCCAAACAGAGGGGCCUAACUCCAUCUACUGGGAUGUUGCGAAGUUGUUCCGCAACUCCAGGCCCGGCAAACAGCUCUUCUUGUGCUACUCCAGCCCCACGCACGAGGAGCCGCCAGGAUUACACAAUUCCCUACCUUUUUUUCUCGCCAGAGUCGAGCUUUCAUGCCAAUAACGCAACUUCCAAUCAGCAGCCACCCCCGCCCCCUAGGAGACAAAUUGCCAACCCCACUCAUGCGUAUGAGUACCCCAGUCCGAGCAGAUAUCUGCUGAAAACCGACCACUUCCCGCAACAACUUCCGCUCAGCUCGCCCAAUAAACGCAGACAAGCGUACGUAGAUUGCGGGCGCUUCCGGUCAGUGGAGCAGCAAUUCUGUGUUCCCCCACCGCCUCCUUCUUACUCAAUCCUUAAUUUUGCUGCCGUUAACGAGCGGACCAAUAGCUCCCCGGACACCGGUUUGGGCGGAGAUAGCGGACAGAGCGGGAGUUUGCUCGUCCCCACCGCAACCACUUCAAUAGUGCGCUCCUCGUGCCACCAGCUGAUCAAUUUUUGCGAGAACGGAGUCGCAGGUGAGAGUGACGUAUUGAAAUCCCCACAUCUCGUGUACCCGCAUCUGCGUCGCUUAACGGUAAACCUGAACAAGCGUAUUCUAUGA